AUGGGGCGGGGCUUGUGGCGGAAGUCUGUGCCUGCUCAGGUCUCGCGGGAGGGGCUGAGCUCGUGCCCAGGAAGCAUGGCACUCUGGCGGGCAUACCAGCGGGCCCUGACUGCUCACCCGUGGAAAGUACAGGUCCUGACAGCUGGGUCUCUGAUGGGUCUAGGUGACGUUAUCUCACAGCAACUGGUGGAGAGGAGAGGUCUGUGGGAACACCAGACUAGCCGGACUCUGACCAUGUUCUCUCUGGGCUGUGGCUUUGUGGGCCCUGUAGUAGGAGGCUGGUACAGGGUUUUGGACCGGCUCAUCCCUGGUACCACCAAAGUGGAUGCACUAAAGAAGAUGCUGUUGGAUCAGGGGGGCUUUGCCCCGUGUUUUCUAGGCUGUUUCCUCCCACUGGUAGGAGCAGUCAAUGGAUUGUCAGCCCAGGAUAAUUGGGCCAAACUCCAGCGGGAUUAUCCUGAUGCCCUCAUCACCAACUACUAUCUCUGGCCUGCUGUGCAGUUAGCCAACUUCUACCUGGUCCCCCUUCAUUACAGGUUGGCUGUUGUCCAGUGUGUUGCUGUUAUCUGGAACUCCUACCUGUCCUGGAAGGCACAUCAGCUCUAAGCCUGCCUCUCUCCGUUGUUUCCGCCUUGCAGUGAUGCUGAUUGGCUCAGGAAUGGUCAGACAACCUCCUCAAAGUGGGCACAUCAGUUUUCACAGGGUCCAUUUGCUAGUCAGAACUUAAUGGGGUUAGCACCAUGAAGUGGCCCAUUUCACUCCAAAAUGUAAACUGAUUCCUUUUGAAAUCAGUAAAACCUUUAUAAUGGUCUUAUAACCCAUCACAUCCAUAAAUAUUUGUUGAACCAGAUGAUCUUGUCAACUUUAGUUUACACUCAUAUCCUGGCAAAUGCCACCCAUCCCCACUUUUCGUAGACACAUCUGUUUCUCUAACCCUUCCCAGCCCUAGUGUAACUCCAGUUCUUUGGGGGCUCCCUCAAACUCUUUAUAUCAUGCCUCCAUAAAUAUGUUAUUAAGUAUGUAAUCUGGAACCUGCAGAGGCAACGAGUAAGACUAA